CCAAGAUCCCAGUACGUGAUGUAAACGACAUCGGCGGCCAUAACUACUACUCCUUGGAUGAAUCUCCGUAAGGCACAACCCAGUGACGACUGUAAGAAAAUGGCCUCCGUCCGGGCCGUUUAAGCCGUUCGAACCUUUAUUUUCUGAAGGUUUCGAGCGUGGCGCUUGGGGCAAUUAUUAUAAGUGAUGUGAUGUCAGCCCAUCAUCACUAGUCAUUCUAAACAAACAUAUACAGAUCGUGAGAUCCAAGUGACUUGGAUUCGAUCAAUCAAUCUAUAUUAGACCGAGUCAGGUGUUGCGCGCAAUCAGCUCCGCGCCGCCAAAUGCUUCGUACAACCAUCAUGUCUUCAUCAGAGACGGUCUUUCUCAUUGACACCGGCGCAGGCAUGGCACAAGGAAGCCGGCCGGACCAAGAGGAUCGUUACGUGUUUAUUCUGCCAGACCAGUUCCCUGCUGAUACAGUAGAUAAAUUGGCCCUUUUUGCUAUAUUUGACGGACAUGGCUCCGCAUCGGUGGCAGAACAUGCCAGGAAGAACCUUCCUCAGCUGCUGGUGAAGCGUCCAGAAUUCGAAGCUGGUGAUUACGAUACCGCUAUCGCCGAGGCAUUUGUUGACGAGGAUGAAGCUCUGCUAAACAAGUUUAUGUCGCAUAGUACAGAGCCUGCCGUCUCAGGAUCUACGGUAGCUCUGUGCUUUGCCAAUUUAACAAAGGGGAUAUUGGUAGUAGGAAACCUAGGGGACUCGCAUAUAGUGCUAGCGGAACGAGAUCUUUCGGGAGGCAAGCCGAUCAAUGUGCAACGUCUCACCAAGGCCCAUAAACCGGGCCACGCCGAUGAAAAAGCGCGAAUCAGAGAAGCCGGAGGGAGCGUAAACAAUAGCACAGGAACUACGCGCGUGGGUUCCUUAAAUAUGUCGCGAGCCCUGGGCGACCUCCAGUAUAAGAAUCCUGUGAACACCAUGGACGACGAGAUGAGUGCCAAAUCAAGAACUGCUGCCGUCGUACCACCAGGGAACCGUGGCGACUUUCUAUCCAACAAGGCACAUCUUUCGAGGGUCAAUCUCUCCCCCGAGAAACGCUACGCGUUGGUGUGCAGCAGUGAUGGAGUAUCCGACUCGACAGAUGAGAAGGCACUGCUAGAGCAUGUUAUGAGAUCAUCUUCAACCGGCGAGCGAGCGAGGGAUAUUGCGCAAGAAAUUGUCAACGUAACGGCGGCUCGUUAUGGCAGCGACAAUAGCACGUGUAUAGUGGCGCUGUUGGACGGCACGAAAACAUGAUAGAGAUGGAACCUCUUGGUGGCGUUAUCGGGCUCAAAUUCGAGUGUAUGCUUCAUAUCGAUGCCUCUUCUCACGGAAACUGGAACCCCUAUAUAUUAGACAGCAUUUGGAUAUCUUAAGCACACGAAAUGCCAUGAUGUGAAAAGAUCGAAAAAGCUGAUAUUCCAAUGGUCUCAUAAUUUCUCUCUAGGAAUUUUGUAGUACUUUUUCUGUCAGCAGUCGAGAAAUAGCAGACGCGUCAGAAAUGG